UGGACAACCCCUGACUGGUGGUCGUGUUUGUGGAUCGUAUUCCGAGAGGAUUCUCGACAGCACUUGUCCUUCAAGACCAAUUUGGCGUGAUCGUAAAAUUUUCGGUGAUUGUCCACGUACUAAUAUCGUUAUACCAAUGCUGAAAUUUACGUAA